CAUACAGAUUUUCCAACCUAAGGUGGAAUUUUUCUAACCCCUGUAGUGGAGUUGACUCUACGACUGCUGGGGUUUUAUGGACCAAAAUUUACCGAAAGUGGUGCAAGAUAAGUCAUUUGUUUGGUCAUUUUGGUUUCCUUUUCUUUAGGCUGGGAAUAAUAAUGGUUUCUGGCAUCUGCAUAUUGGUUAUGUAGUUACUGAAUGAAACCAACUAAUCAAGUUGACCUGAUCAAACUUGAACUCUUGAAGGCUGUAGUCUUUUGGAAUGCCAUUCUUUGACUUCAAUUGACCAGUCCUUACCAACUGUUGAUGUGUAGUUCUCAACUGUGAACCUCCUGCAACUAGAGCAAAUUUCGGUAAAGCAACUAUUUACUUUACUCUUUGUGAAAAAUGAAAAUAAAAAUAUGGGUGAUACCCUGUAAACUCUGUACAAAGUGUGUCAAACAUGAAGUUUAGAAAUUGGUGGCUAUUGUAAUAAAUGUCAAACCGUUGGGCUAGUCUACUAAAUCUGAGUUCAUUUAGUAUUGCGUCAACAUUUUUUAUUAUCAUGUAACAUCUGAUUUAGAUAUUUUCUUUCCAUAAUAACAUAACUGUUGUAUUUUAAUCUGAAAGUCACUAUUGUUGAAGGUUUCUUCUCUGAACUGAAUUCAAGUCAUGAAUCUUCCAUGUUGAGGUUACGUGUUUGUCUGUAAGUUGUACAAAGAGCCCCAAGUCUUGGAAACAAUGGAUAUCCUUUCUUUUCUGCUCAUCAGCUAUAAGUUGCUUCUUUUCUUUUCUGAAUACUCUUAUGCUUCCGACUCCAUUAGUUCAUCCCAGUCUCUAAGUGAUGGCAGAACCUUAGUUUCAAUAGAUGGAACCUUUGAGCUUGGUUUCUUCAGUCCUGGUAGUACCAAGAGUCGUUACUUAGGAAUUUGGUACAGUAAGAUCCCAGUUAAAACGGUUGUGUGGGUUGCAAACAGACUCAAUCCUAUCAAUGAUUCUUCUGGUUUGUUGAUGAUAAACAGCACAGGCUAUCCUGUUUUAAUUAGCCAGAACACCAGUGUAGUCUGGUCUGCAAACUUGACAAAAGAAGUCCGGAGUCCAGUGCUACUACAGUUACUAGAUUCUGGAAAUUUCGUCCUAAGAGAUGAACAGGAUGGUAAUUUGGGAACUUAUUUGUGGCAAAGCUUUGACUAUCCAUCAGAUACAUUGCUCUCAGAAAUGAAACUUGGAUGGGACUUCAAAAAUGGUCUAGAACGGCGUCUAUCAGCAUGGAAGAGCCCAGAUGACCCAUCUCCUGGAAACUUUACCUGGGCAGUAGAACUACAAGAUUAUCCUGAGCUGGUUAUGUGGAAAGACUCAAAAAAAUUCUACAGGAGCGGUCCAUGGAAUGGCCUUGGAUUUAGUGGUGCACCAGCAUUAAAGCCUAACCCGGUUUUUCAGUUCAACUUUGUCAGUAAUGAGGAGGAGUUGUACUACAUGUACAAUAACACAGACAAAUCAUUAAUCACAAGAGUUGUUAUGAACCAAACCAACUAUGUACGUCAACGACUUGCAUGGAGUGAAGCAACUCAAAGUUGGAAGGUGUAUUCAAUUUUGCCAAAAGAUUACUGUGACACUUAUGGUCUUUGCGGUGCUUACGGGAAUUGUAUGAGUACUGAAUCACCUGUUUGCCAAUGCUUCAAAGGCUUCAAGCCUAAUUCAGCAAAUAUUGACUGGUUUCAAGGGUGUGUACGCAAUGAGCCCCUAAACUACUCUAAGACAGAUGGUUUUAUCAGAUUUAAUGGAUUGAAACUACCAGAUGCUACACAUGCUUCAGUGAAAAAAAGUAUGGAUCUCAAGGAAUGCAGAGAGAAAUGCUUAGAGAACUCUUCUUGUAUGGCAUACACUAACUCAGAUAUUAGAGGAGGAGGCAGUGGCUGCGCCAUGUGGUUCGGUGACCUGAUUGACAUCAGACAACAGCCAGAUGGCGGGCAGGACUUAUAUAUUCGAAUGUCUGCUUCAGAGAUAGCCAUUCAACCAGGGGCGACAGAUGUCACAAAGCUGAAAAUAGCGGUGAUAAUUGUUGCUACUAUUGCUGUGAUUGCUGGGAUACUUAUAGCAAGCUAUUACAUUCACAAACGCAGGGCAAAUGCAGUAGUUAUAUUGUCCACUAUUUCAGAGAUAACAGAAAACAGUGGAUACACUGAUCAGGGAAAUGAAGAGCAAGAACAAGACCUUGAGCUAUCGCUAUUUGAGUUGGCUACAAUUGCUAAUGCCACCAAUAACUUUUCAAUCAACAACAAGCUUGGAGAAGGUGGCUUUGGACCUGUAUACAAAGGUAUACUGGCGGAUGGAAAAGAAAUCGCUGUAAAGAGGCUUUCAAAGAUUUCUGGGCAGGGAUUAAAUGAGUUCAAAAAUGAAGUUAUACUGAUCGCCAAACUACAGCACCGAAAUCUUGUAAAGCUUCUCGGUUGCUGCAUUCAAGAAGAUGAGAAAUUGCUGGUUUAUGAAUUCAUGCCCAACAAGAGUCUUGACUUCUUCAUUUUUGAUCAAAAAAACCGUAAGCUAUUGGACUGGUGCAAGCGUUUUCACAUUAUUUGUGGGAUCGCUAGGGGUCUCCUCUAUCUUCAUCAAGAUUCUAGACUGAGGAUUAUACAUAGAGAUCUAAAAGCAAGUAAUGUAUUACUUGAUCAUGAGAUGAACCCAAAAAUUUCGGAUUUUGGCUUGGCAAGAACUUUUGGAGGAGAUGAGAUUGAAGGAAGCACAAAGAGAGUGGUUGGAACUUAUGGUUAUAUGGCACCAGAGUAUGCUACUGAUGGUCUAUUCUCAGUAAAAUCUGAUGUAUUUAGCUUCGGAAUCUUAAUGCUGGAGAUUGCAUGUGGAAAGAAAAGUAGAGGUUUUUAUCACACAGACCAAAGUCUUACUCUUGUAGGACAAGCAUGGAAAUUGUGGAAUGAAGGCAAGCCAUUAGAACUGAUUGAUUCAUUCUUGAGCGAAUCACGUAAUCCAUCAGAAGUCACGCGUUGCAUCCACAUUAGUUUGUUAUGUGUGCAGCAGCAUCCUGAAGAUAGGCCAAGCAUGUCAUCUGUGGUUCUGAUGUUGGGCAGUGAGAUUGCGUUGCCUCAGCCGAAACAACCCGAUUUCUUGAUAGACAGGAAAUCAGAUGAACCACCACCAGGCUCUUCAUUUGGUAAGCCUGAAUCAUCUUCAACAAAUGAAAUUACUUUCUCUCAGUUGGAGCCUAGAUAGAGAAUGCUCAUAACAUAUGAUCCCAGUAACUGAUAUCAGUCACAUUUCAACCUUAUGAGUUAGACUGUAGAACUAGAAGUGAUUAGGCCACUAAUGAUGUAGUAUACAGUUAUGGAUCAAGAAGAUCCUGGAGUUUUAUAUAAUUUGUAGUAAUUUAUGUAUGUUUUAACAAGUUCUUUUUUAUAAAAGAGUAAUGUUGAUAAAAGAAUUUUCCAACUAAAACA